AACAAGUUUCUCUUCCUUUCAAUUAUAGCCUUUCUUAAAUAUUGUGUGUAAGCUAUUAUAUGAAGAAUAAAUGUAUAGUUUGAUACAUAUAUUCAAUAUUCAUUUUUUGUUCUAUGUAAAAGAACAUUUUAUUAAGUGUUAUUAGAAAAUUAUAGUUCUGUUAUAAUACUUUCUUUUGCACCUGUCUAAUACCAUAUGUCAUACCACUAUAUAAUACAACCCCUAAUUAUUAUUGUCCGUAAGUUAACUAGCACUAGAAAAAAUAUGCUAUAAGAAAUCAUUAUCCAACACUAUGAUGAUGCAUAACAUGAUUUAUUAAAAUUCAUACUAUACAUUAUUUGAAAAAUUCUUUUUUUAAAUAAUACUUUGUACAUAUUGAAUUUGUGCACAGUUAAGUUUUAUUUCAUUCAAUUUCUAAGCUAAAUUGUUUCUUGAAACUAUGUUGAAACAAGUGAGUCCAGAGAAAGGCAUUUAUAUUAUAUGGCUUAGCGUAGCUUUAUCUCUUUGUUGGCCACUUCCUAUUAAUAGUACUAGAAAGCAAAUUGUGUGUAUGAAAAUUUUACAAAUUGGUGCCAUUAUUAGCGCUUUUAUGAUACUUCUACCUCUAAUUUAUACGAUUUAUUUAAAUUUAGACAAUCUUAACAUAUUUUUUAAAAGUAUUUGCUUAUUAAUGGGUGUAUUUCAACAUAUUGUACAAACUACUACAUGCUUUAUAAAAUAUGAUAGUUUACAACGAGUAGUCGAAGAAAUGAUGAUAUGUAUUAAAGAAAUGCAAUUGAAUGAAAUUAUGUGUGCAUAUGUCGCGAAAUGUAACAUUUUCUACGGAGGAACUAUUGUAUUAAUAUAUACAACUGCAACUGUUUUUAUAUUAGGACCAACAUUCUUACCAAUUACUUUUCCAUGGGAAACAGAAUAUCCAUUUCAAGUUAAUUAUACAUCCAGAAAUUUUAUUAUAUAUAUGCAUCAAUUUUUUUUCACUUAUCAAUGCGCUGCACAUAUAUGUGUAAGUAUGUUUGUGGCGCUUCUACUUUGGUUCACAUCCGCAAGAUUUGAAUGUUUAGUUAAGGAAUUACAGAAAACUACAAAUAUUGAAAUGUUAAUCGUUUGUCUUAAAAAACAAUUACUUUUGAGGAGAUAUGCAGAAGAUGUAGUGAAUUGUAUUCGUUUUAUAAUAUUUUAUACUAUGGCAGUAAGCACAAUUGUAUUGACCUUAUCUGGUAUUAUAUUGAUUACAGUAAGUGAAAAUAAUGUAAUGUAUGACAAUGUAAUGUAUGUAAUGUAGUACGUGAUAAAUUAAUUCUGUAAUUUAUAUAGACUUCAUCAUUACUUGUGAAAAUACAAUUUUUAACUAUAUGCAUAUCCAUACUUCUGGAAAUUUAUAUGUAUGCA